AUAUUCCGGUUUAUACAGCCGCGUAAUCGUUCCCGUCACCUUCGCACGCUCCUCCCCCGUCCGCCGCGCGUCCCCCUCCGGCCCACCUCCCUGCGGCAUCCGGCGCUCCCCCUCCCGUCUUCGCCUCGUGAUGGCACCCCGCGGCGGCGGUAGCCAGUCCUAUGGCUUCCCGAUCUACUGCGCCGCCUGGCUUCCCCUCGCCCACAUACUCAAAACCGACUCUGCCGCCGCCGACGCGGACGACGCCUCCUCCUCCCCUCCCCCACCCCCGAUGGCCGUGCUCGGGGGCGGCGGCGGGGAGGGCCGUAGCGGCGUGCCCAACAAGCUCGUCGUUGCCGCGCUGGACCCCGCCCCUGCCGCGGCGGGAGAGGCGGCGCUCUCCCCCGAGGAGGUGGUUAAGGUGGAGACGAAGGAGGAGGUGCCGUACAGGAUGGCCGUCCACCCCCGCGGCGACGGCGUGUUCUGCGCCUUCCCCAACGGCUGCAGGUUGUAUCGAUGGGAAUCACAGGAACGGAAGGAACCAUACAAGCUAGCUUUGGAGCCUGACCAGGAAGCAUUAGUGGAGCUAAAAGAUGUUGGUUUGCAGUUGGCUGUAUCAUUCAGUGGAGAGGGUUCAAUACUGGCCACUGGUGGUGAGGAUGGGCAUUUAAGGGUUUUCAAAUGGCCUGCCAUGAGAUCCAUUCUCACAGAAGCUGAUACAAAAACGUCGAUUAAGGAUCUUAACUUCAGUUCCGAUGAGAAGUUUCUUGCUGUGAAUAGGAGCAGUGGCCCAUGUAGAGUGUGGGAUUUGCAGUCAUCUGAAGUCGUAGCUAGUCUGCCAAGAGAAGCAGGAGAAAUAUUUGGCUUCUGCAGAUUCUCCAAUAAGACUGACAGCAGUCACAUCCUAUUUAUAACAGCGAUGCAAGGUGAUUAUGGGAAAAUAAUAUCCUGGAAUACUACCUCACGGACGAGAGUUGGAUCAAAGAAAAUAACUCGUGAAGCCAUUUCAGCUUUUGCUGUGUCGCCUGAUGGUGCUCUUCUUGCAAUUGGAACAAUUGAAGGAAGCAUUAUCAUACUUGGCUCAAAAAAUAUGCGAACCCUUGUAACAGUUAAAAAGGCACAUCUUGGCAUUGUUACUACACUGGCCUUCUCCCAGGAUUCGAGAACCUUGCUGUCAACUUCCUUCGACUCAACUGCAAGGGUGACAUUGGUUGGGUCCACGAAGAGUAAUGGUUCAAGUGUAUGGCCCAUGCUCCUAGUUAUCAUUCUUGCAAUCCUGGUAUACUACUGUAUGCAGCACAAAGAAGAUCUCUUAGCAAUGUUGCCGCAUUGAGAUUUUUUUGUCCUGGCUCCACUGAUACCGCUUCAGAGAUUGAGCAAUUUUUGGUCUUGGGUCAUCUGUCAUUGUUUUCUCUAGGACAGCGAAACAGCAAAAAGCCUUCAGACUUUGUCACGCUUGUAUAAAAAGGGUCAUGUACUCAUGUUGUCUAAGUUUUGUAAAUUGAUGGCCGCAAGCGAGUUUAGUAUCUGUAACCAUGUUUCUUCUUGCUGUAGAGUUGAUGCACUUGUACUCCAAUAUAGAGAGUUUAGAAACAACACAAUAUUAUUUAAACUAGUAUGAAGAAUAAAAAUACAAAGAGAGCUUUCUAGUGCUUAUUAUUUAUAUA